AUGGAGGGAAAGAGACAGCUUGAGAAAAGGGACUUUGGGAAAAGGCUGUCUUUAGAUAGCAGUCUCGUGGAAUACAUGGACUCCAACAAAUACAUUGAACAUCUGUUAAAUCAACUUGAGGAGCAACACAGAAGUCUCUGGAGGGAGAAGUUGGCUGUGGCCCGACUGCAGAGAGAAGUUGCCCAGAGAAGAAAUGAGGGGGCCAUGCAUGAGAAGCUGAUCCAUGAAUUGGAAGAGGAGAGACACUUGCGUCUUCAGAGUGAGAAGCGCUUGCAGGAGGUGACACUGGAGUCUGAGCGCAACAGAAUUCAGAUGCGCGGCCUGCAGCAGCAGUUCUCCAGAAUGGAAGAAACAGUACGAAAUUUACUACAGAGUCAAGGACCUCCAGAACAGAAAAAAGAAGAAACUGUUAAUAUAAUGGUCUAUCAGGAAAAACUGUCAGAAGAGGAGCGAAAACACAAGGCAGCUUUGGAAGGCCGUCACAUGGUGCUAGAUGAGGACUCCAGGAGUGAAGGGAGCAGUGCAGAUGAAGGGAAAGGAAAGACCAAAUGGCUGUUAGAAAGAUUGAAAGCUCUAGAGGCAGAGAAUUCAGCAUUGGCUUUGGAAAAUGAAAAUCAAAGGGAACAGUAUGAGAGAUGUCUUGAUGAGGUAGCGAACCAGGUUGUGCAAGCCCUGCUCACUCAAAAGGAUCUCAGGGAGGAAUGUGUAAAGUUGAAAACAAGAGUGUUUGAUUUGGAACAACAGAAUCGAACGCUAAGCAUCCUUUUCCAACAGCGAGUCAGACCAACUUCUGAUCUCCUCCAGAAACUUCACUCACGCAUCUUAGAUCUUUCAUCCGGGGAUUUACUCUCAGAUGUGGAAAGAAGCCAGAGUCUGACGCACUCACGAACUGAUGUUGAAAUGCAUGGCUGCCAGCUGAACACAAAAGCAGGAACCCCUGCUUUGAAAUGCCCUGGCAUGGGGAUUGCCGUCUCAGGUCAUCUCUGCCCUCGAAGCAGCUACAGCAGCAGUGAGCUCUCUCUCUCCAGCACUUGCAGCGAGUAUUCCAGCGGCUCUUCCUACACGUGGCAUGAUGGAAAGAACCUCAGGAAAAGGCAGUCAUCACAAAAUUGGGACAAAAGGUUAAGUAUUGACUCUUCGCUCCCGAGUGGCUUUGCUAGUCCUACAGAUGAACUACCUCCGACUCGCAUCAAGGAAAGCCACAUUUUGGAAGGACUAAGAAAGCUCCAGAAGCGAAAAGUGUUACUUGAACCCCCAUCAGUGAUAACCAAAUGGGGUUAUAAAGAUUGCAUGAACUCCAAUGAAGGAAUCUAUUCUCCAGGAAUUAAAAGUAGCAGCCUGAAGGAAUAUCCACCCUGCAAACCCACAGACACAGGGAGCCCCUGCACGGAUCCCCACAAGGCAUUUGUUUAUGACAUGGAUUCUCACGACGAGGCUGAUGAGGACGCUUCCUCCUUAGCCUCGGUCCAAGUGGUUCCAAACCAGGUCUGCAGGCUGCACAGUUGUAAAUUAACCCACAGUGUCUCUGACAGCCUUUUUGGCUGGGAGCUGAAUGGCAAACACUGUUCAGAAAUCACUUCCUCGGUCUACUCCAGGGAGAGGCCUGAGAAGCUGACCGGUUGUGCCAGUGACUGCCCCUUGGAGCAGAAGCUGUGUCCAGGCGUGCAGGGGCCUCGGGUACAGAGAGAGAAGGUAUCACCCAUCCAGGGCUGCCAAACCCUCAGUCUCCAGCCCUCAGACACCGAUGACACGGAGACCCUGGAUGAGCUGCACAUCGACAGCAGUGAUGAGAAAAGCCCUUCAGAUGUGUCUGCAACCGCGGAUACCGACCAGUCCACGGAGAACCUGGAUAUCCUCACAGGAUUUGAAAAAUCUUCACGUGGGUCUCCUGAGGAGGAAGAAAACCAAGUACCCGUCCAUUUAGAGAGCAGGCCAAAGACGUUUAGUUUCAUUAAGCAACAGAGGGUUGUAAAACGGACUUCCUCAGAAGAAUGUAUUACUGUGAUAUUUGAUGCAGAAGACGGCGAGCCCAUUGAAUUCAGCUCUCACCAGACUGGCCUUGUUACUGUUACCAGAAAGGAGAUUUCCAUCCAUCAGGCCCCUGCUGGGCCCCAGAUGGAACACACCGAACUUUCACCUCAGGGAAUUGCUCAUUCACAGCCAGGGCCUGCAGCUAGAGACUACCCUUUUUUAAAGAGGUCUGAAGAGGAAACUGAAAGAAACAUUCCACAAGAUGAGGUGGAUGAUACUGCCAUGGCGCCUGCUGUGUCUUUCCACCCCAGGACAGUGACGCAAAAUACUCAAAGGCUGGCCAAGCCGACGCAUGUCACUCCAUGCCAGAGUCAUUCUAGGUCAGCUGUGGGCACAGGCAUCUGUCAGAAGAAAAGUCUGACAAAAAUACCUACCAGGGGCAAGUCUUCACCUCAGAAAUCAAAAGUAAGGGAGCCUGAAGCCUCCCUUAUCAUGCCCUCAGCUGGCCCAGUGACUCUUGAGAAAUCACCAGCUCCAGCAAAACUCUCACAGUUCAAAAAGACUGAAGGUCCAGCUCCCCUUUUUGAUUUGCAGCCAGAUUCACACAUUCCAAAACCCCCUACUCAGCUUCCUCAUGGCUCCAAGAUGUCCAGCAGAAGGGAUUGGGUCCAGAGCUCCAAGAGUCAGAUUCUAGCAUCACAGUUGCUGUCCAGGCCCCCUACUGAAUGGAGUGAUGAUGGGGAGCCCCCCACGAGGGAUAAACACUGUGAUCCAGGGCCAGAGGCCGGGGUGAAAUCGCCCUCCCCACCAUCCCCUCCAGGCAGGUCGGUCUCCCUACUCAUCAGGCCCAAUUAUGACUUUUUGCCUCCACCUUCAUCUGCCAAAUCCGAAAGCAGGGUCCCCAACGAGACAGCCAGAAUGGUAUUGAAAUCGCCCCCUCUGAAAGGAUCCUCUGCUCCUGUUAUUUAUUUUAACCAGACCCUGACAGAUGUGCAGGGGAAGAAACCGUCUGUGGCCUUCAGAAAGCCUGUCUUCACUCCCUCACCGCCCUCUGCAGAAAUAGCAAUCCAGAUGAGAAGCCCUGCUCACAGCCCUUCCAGCUCAUUUGCUGUGAUGGUCCCGGAGAACCCAAAAGUCUCUCCAAAGAGAAAUGUCCCCAGAGCUCCACCUCACCAAACACUUGGGACCACACAGAACAACACAGGGUUACAGACUCCCAAGAACUAUGCUUCCCCCCGUGAGCCACUGGAAAUACUGUCCUCCAAAGGUGUAUCUCCAAGGAGAAAAGAACAGUUGAAUGGCAGUGUCUCCGCAUCCUCCAAGCCUUCCUUCUUAGGGGUAAAUGAAUCACCAUCAUCUCAGGUUAACAGUCCCUCAUCAUCAGCAUCCUUCAAAAGCCAUAACCCCCUACAUGGUUGUCAAAACCUUCAUGAGAGAGGACUGAAAACUCGCCUCCCAGUUGGGCUCAAAGUUUUCAUGAAGUCUCCCCAGUUGCUCAGGAAAAGUUCCACGGUGCCAGGGAAACAGGAAAAAGACAGUCUAAAUGAAGCUUCGAAAACCUCCGUGGCUGUGAGCAAGGCUAAGCCAGGGGCCUCCAGAAAUCCAGCCAGCCUGCAGACCACAGGAGGGGAAAGAAAUGCGUCUCCAGUGGGUUUACCAGCACAAGAGAGUUUGGCCGAAGGGCUUCCCCUGAAAAGAGCAAUGCCAGAGUCACUGGAAAAUAGCAUGCCUGGGGCUGAUAGAAAAGAUGGACUAGAAAACAGGUCUGUGAAAAGAUCCCUGUCCUCCAGCAAACCACACCUGAAACCAGCUCUAGGCAUGAAUGGAGCCAAAGCCCGCAGCCAGAGUUUCAGUGCUCACUCAGGGGAGAAGCCCCCCACGCCCCCCACAGAAGGGCUGGGCAAAGUCCGGACACAGAUUAUUACCAACACCGCUGAGAGAGGCAAUUCCCUCACCCGGCAGAGCUCUUCCACCGAAGGCUCUCCCAGCAAGAGCGCAUCUGCCUCCGUGUCUGAUGGUCUCCCAAGCACUGGGAGGCCCCUGGGACAUCCUUCCCCCAGGCAGGGUUCCUUGGGGAGCACAGGCAGCUCCAGCAGCCAGCAUGGGAGCCCAAGCAAGUUGCCUUUGAGGAUCCCUCCAAAAUCCGAAGAGCCCCUCACCCCAGCUGGAACAGAAGAACAGCAGGCCUACGCCCAGGGAGAAGGCCCCAGGGUGACGGUGCCUGAGGAACCAGGCAGCGACCACUGCAGGUGCCCACUCACCCCAACAGAUAGCUCCGGAGGCCCACAGAGCCUGGGGAGGACACCACAUCCCAGCAGUUUCACAGCAAGCAGGACCUCCAAGUUAGAAACUUCUGGAAGGUAUACAGACACUUCAACAACCAGGGCCGGUGUUGUAAGCCCAGAAGCCCCCCUCUCACCCACAAUUGAAGAAAAGGUCAUGUUGUGCAUUCAGGAAAAUGUGGAAAAGGGCCAAGUGCAAACAAAGUCCACCACUGUGGAAGCAAAACCGAAGCCAGGGCCUUCUUUUGCCAGCUGGUUCGGUUUUCGGAGGAGCAGACUCCCGGCUCUCAGUAGCAGGAAGAUGGAUGUCUCCAAAACCAAAGCAGAAAAGAAAGAUGCAAAAGGUUUAGGGUUUGGAAACAAACAGCUGAAAUCAGAGAGAAAGAAAGAGAAAAAGAAGCCUGAGCUACAGUGUGAGAUGGAAAAUGAACUUCACAGGGACAUCGAGUUGGCAGAUGGUCCAGACAGUGGUUUGCAAAAUAGAAAUAACCUGAAAACACUGCCAGACAUUUAUGACCAAGUGAAGUUUGAAUCAAGAAAUAGACUCAGCCCUGUUCCAUGUUCAGCAAAAGAUACCUUUAUGACAGAACUUCUGAACAGAGUUGAUAAGAAACCAGCUCAACAGGCGGAAAGUGGAUCAAAUAAUCUCUCCUGUAGGAGUGUGCUAAAGGGCAGCCCCCAGGGCUCCUGUCUCACCAGCAGCUCUCUCAGCGCUCAAGGAAACCACAAGAAAAACAUCAAAACCAAAGCAGAUAUGGAAAAACCGAAAGGCUCCCCGAUAAGAGAGGCAAAUGAACACCUGCAAGAGGAUGAAGAAGAUACAGUUGCAGAUUCUGCAUUUCAGAGCCAUACCAUAGAAACAAACUGCCAGAUGAGGACCCUGGACAGUGGGAUUGGAACCUUCCCACUCCCAGACUCAGGAACUCGCGCAGCGGGACGGUACAUACGCCAAGCAGACUCCCCUGAGGACACUGACCCCAUCCUGUCUCUCCAACCGGCCCUUUGUGCAGCUUCUUCCAUGAGAGCCCAGACCCUUGAAAGAGAAGUGCCUUCCUCUGCAGAUAGCCAGGGCUCUGCAGACAACGCCAUUGUUCACUCCACGUCCGACCCCAUCAUGACUGCCAGAGGGAUGCGACCUCUUCAGAAUCUCCUCCCCAAACCAGCCUCCUCAGGAAAAAUCAGUUCCCAAAUGCAGAGUGAAGCCGAACCAAGGUCUCAAAAUUGUUCAUCGUUCGAAUAUGUCGAAAACACAAUGACGAGCAAGCCACUUCCAGCCUGGGAGUGUGAUGGCGCUGCUGCGGAGACCCAGGACAAGGUACCCAGAAUGUGUGCAUACUCUGCCAGCGGUAGCAGUGAUAGUGACAGUGACCGGACUAUGGAAAUAAUGGUUUUGGAGCUGGAAGGGGCAAGUUAG